AUGAUACACAUGAGAGUACAUGCAAAGAAAAAACCCUAUAGUUGUGAGCACAUGAAAGUACAUACAAAAGAGAAGACUUUUGACUGUGAUGUCUGUAGCAAGUGUGUUGCUAGGAAACGUGAUCGAGUACGCCUCGUGAGAGUACAUACAAAGGAGAAGCCUCAUAGUUGUGAUAAUUUGAGCUCCUUCAAGAGCCAGUGCAGAAAGGGUUCAGGUGCUUCGCAAGCCCCUCCACCGGCACUGCAGUGGGACUACCCGGUGCGCCUGAAGCAUCCCGCGCGCCAUGUUCAUAAUUCGUGA